AUGAGUGUCUUCUCAUUCGGGAAUCUGCCCACUAUUCAAACCCGUAAGGCCUUACUACUACUUGACUUUCAAAAUGACUUCGUCCGUCCGACCGGGGGUUUACAUAUCCCCAACACACCAGAUAUCCUCGAAACCCUCCCACAACUGGCAUCUGCAUUCCGUCGAGUUGGCAAUGUAGUUUGGGUGCGCUCACAAUACGAAUCCCCUCAGACUAUUGUCGACUGGAAUUUUGGUGACCGAAUUGUCCUGGACAGAGAGCCACCACGCAGAAAAAAGAUACCUACCUCGGAUAUAAUUGAAGUGGAGUCGGACCAUGAUUCACCAGAACUUGUCGACCCCGAAGCCUUUCUCUCUGCCGACUCUUCGCCAUGUUGUGACCCACGUACCCCCGGACAUCAGUUCCCCGCACCGAUUCUGGCCGCCAUCAACCCCCAACAUGACAUGGUAGUAGAUAAAACAGGAUACUCCGCCCUGGAGUCCCCCGGCCUUGUGCUAUCCUUCAGAACACACUUUGUGACAGAGCUGUACCUUUGUGGCUCAUUGUCUAAUGUGUCUGUGUUUGCGACCGCUUUGGAUGCUGUCCGCAACGGAUUUUCAGUAACUCUCGUGGAGGACUGCUUGGGAUUCCGCGAUUUUCAGCGGCAUCAAGAAGCAAUGCGACGUAUGGCGGAUAUCCUAGGAGCGAGUGGUAUCACUGCUCGGGAGCUCAUUCAGGAGCUAGAUUGGGAUGAGACUGCGGCAAUUGCUCGCCAAGGCGCAUCGCAGCCUAAGAGGUCAGCAGCUACGGCUGGCCUAGAGAGCGUCAUGGAUGGUUUGGAAUUCUGGAAUACCACGGACACCCCUCCCACAGAUGACUCGCGCGAUACAGAGGAGAUGAGCCUUUCGUUUACUCUUUCUCGCGCCCAGCGCGCCACCGCACAGGCGCGGGGUCCCGUGGAAGAGCAAAAGAAAGUACGCGCGCGUACCCAUCGUCCGAAGCACCGAGACGCCCCAAAAGAAUCUUCAACCGGACCUCGCGCUGGUUCCAACAGGGGAAUAAUACCACAAUUUGCAGGAAUAUCAAAUACACGCCAACUCAAGAUUGGGGAAGGAGACUCGCGCCUUGUAAAAAAUGUUGACUUGGCUGCAGACUCAUUUGAGCGUAUACAGGCAGAGGUAGAUUGGCAGAAGAUGUACCAUCUGUCAGGCCAGGUACCCCGAUUGGUUGCAGUCCAGGGUCGAACUCGACCCGAUGGAGCCAUACCCAUAUAUCGUCAUCCGGCAGAUGAAUCUCCGCCCUUCAAGCCAUUUACCUCCGCGGUUGACGAAGUGCGCAUAGCUGUUGAGCAAACGCUAGGUCAUCCCUUGAAUCAUGUGCUUAUUCAGCUUUAUCGUGAUGGACAUGAUCGCAUAUCAGAGCACUCAGAUAAGACGCUGGAUAUUGCGCGAGGUUCUUUCAUUUGCAAUGUUAGUCUAGGCGCUGAGCGCGUGAUGGUCCUCCGUACCAAGGCCUCAGCGUCUGAGCCAGAGGGUGGGAGUGAACCAUAUCGGACAACGCAGCGCGUGGCUCUUCCUCACAAUUCACUUUUUGUACUCGGUCCAAAGACGAACAUGCGAUGGCUUCAUGGUAUCCGGGCCGACAAACGGCCCGAUGGAACCAAAUCCACCGAGGAACAGGCUUAUGGUGGCCAGCGCAUUUCCCUUACUUUCCGUCAUAUUGGCACUUUUAUCGAUCCUGCGGCGAACACAAUCUGGGGACAAGGGGCUGUUAGUAAGACGUUGGGCCAGGCCCGCGCUGUGGUCCACGGGGAUCCUGCUGAAACAGCGCGCCUCAUUGAUGCGUUUGGCCAGGAAAAUCGUGCGACGGAAUUCGAUUGGGACGCCGUGUACGGUGGGGGCUUUGAUGUGGUGAAUUUUGUGACUACAUCAACAGGACGGCUAGUACUUGGCCGUGACCUUGUGGCAAAUUUGCGUGUGCGUCUUUGUCUUGGGGAAAACGGCGUCCGACACCGAUUGGUCACCAACCACGAGCAACCGCCCGGGACUAGAAAUAGUCACCUAAUGACACUACCGAUAUAUGAAACGUCCGAUGGAACGACAGUCGUGGGUGACUCCAUCAUCUUGACAUACAUGGCCAACCGAUCUGCCAAGACCCCACGACCAGGCGUAGAUUCGUUACGCGGGGGCAAUUUCUUGUCGAUGAUUGACCAGUUUCUGGCACACUGGCGCCAACACCGUACUACCAACUCCAGUGUGUUUGAAUAUGGAAUUGAUGAUUGGGAGCGUACUCUGCGGGGGCAACAUUACCUAGGAGGAUCUGUAUUCACCAUUGACGAUUGCUCUCUAUGGCCAAUCCUGUGGGAUAUUGUACAGACCCAGGGUGCAUUCGAUGCUCGGUUCAUGAGCGUGAAUCAAUAUUAUCACCGAGUCAAGAAUCGGGGUAUCGCUCGGUCUAUUCUGGAGGAAUGA